AAAAUGAGCAUUUCUUGUUUGUGUUUGUACGUCGUCAAAAGACUCAAGAGAAAAUGUCUGCAAAAAUAUUCCUCAAUCGAAUUGAUUUACUGUGGACUGAAGUUACUAAAACUGUCAGAGAUGCUAUGGUAGUAAUGGAUGAUCCAGCUGCUGAAUGUUUGCAUUGGCACGGAAGUUUAAAAAAACUGUUAGAUAAUGGUGCUCUUUCUGUUGAAAAUUUUACGCCGUUUAUCAAAAGUGAAUCUCAUGUUAAGAAAGUAGUUUUCAUUUUGAUGUCGCCUCUAAGAGGAGAAACACUUAGAACUCUAAUGAUAAUAGUUCGGGCCAACAGCUUCACCAACUGUACUGUGAUAUCAGCUCUGCCUGAAAGGUGUCAUUCUGAAGAGCCUCUAGAACCCAAUCAAAAUUUUUUAAACAUUGAAAAUAGUCUUUUGACCUGGAUGGGCAAUAUGAAUUACAGUGCUAUGGUGUAUCACAUUCCAGUCUUUCCUGCACAUCUAUCUCAUGACUUGUUUCUAAUGCCAUCAUUUUCAGUGCCUUUUUCUGUGUUCAACUGUGGUUUGCUGGAAAUGAACCUCAGAAAAACUUCUGAUAUUAAUAUAAAAAACCUGCCAGCAAAGAUGCAAGCUAAUGUUAAGCAAAUUUCCUGCUGUUUACAUUCCUUAUUUGAUACUUAUCAAAUGAAAACUGACGUCUUUUCUGUUGGCUUCCUUAGUCACAUUGUCGGAGCAGAAUUGGAAAGCAUUGCUCAACAACAGAAGAAAAAAAUGCACCCCAGCAAAGCAUCUGUUGUCAUUGUUGAUCGACUGUUGGACCUUGCUGGCCCGCUAAGCCAAUCUAAUUCAACCAUGCUUGACCAAAUGUUGAAAGCAUUGCCUCACUUGCCUGGUCAUGUGUUUGAUGUGUGUGUUCUUAUGAAUGACCUAGCAUCUUGUCAAAAUGAUUUGGUGUUUGGAAGACCUUUGCUGGCACCUGGAUGUAUAGCUCAUACUAAUAAUGCUGCUGAAAUGACCUUGCUCAAUGUGAUUUUAGGAAACAACCCUAGAGAAGCUGUAAUUGAAGUGAACCGCCAAAUUGUUGAAUGUGCUACCAAAAAUGGAAUAAAUUUAAACUUGACUUCAAAGUUAAGUGUUGAAGCUUUGAAAAAAAGAAUUUUAUCUUUUAAAGAUAAUCCAAAGCUAAUCAUAAAAUUUUGUGGUUUGCUGCAACAGGCUUUAGCAGUUAUUCAAGCCUUGGAGUACUCAGCUGCUAACCCUUCAGACAAACUCUCUGCUACUCAAGAAGCACUAAUGCAGUACCUAACUGCAUCAGGAGAGGAAGUUUUGAGCAAUAUCAUGCAAAUGAUUUUAGAUAAAGAUGGAGUGACAUACAAAAUGGAAGAAUUGAUGAUUUUUAUAGCUUUUAUCUACAUGUUGGGCGGAAAUAGUAACAUUAGCAAUGAACCAACUUUGCAGGCUACAUUGAUGGAAGAGUUUAUACAAGAUGAUGGUCAUCAUGAUUUGGCUUCAUUAUUUGUUGAUGGGGAAUUGGAUGAUGAAAAUAUACUAGAUGCAAUAAAAACAUUUUUUGAUGUCCUUCGAAGACUGGGCUCUUUAAGAAAAGGUUUGAGAAAAUAUUCAAAGAUCUUCAAAUCAGUUAACCCAGCUUUUCCUGCCUCAUAUGAUCCUCUGUUGAAACAAUUACUUCAAGAUAUUUUUGACACAAAUGCUUCAGACAUUCCUGAUAUUGAGUUCCAUUCUGGCAGCUUAAAAGAUUACAUAAAAACUGGAUUUAGUUUAUUUAUGAAUGUUGCAAAGCCUCAACCUCGUGAUAACCCUGUAGUGUUCUUAAUUAUACUUGGCCCAAUUACACCUUCUGAAAUCAAGUUAUUGAAAGACAUAUCUUCAAAACAAAAAGGACACGAGAUUAUCAUUGGCUGCACUGGAGUUGUGACACCCCAUGAUGUUCUGGAAGAUCUCGGAUCUAUUGUUAAAGAAUUGUCCUCAAACAAUGUUGAGGAAACUGGUCAAGAUUGAAACAUUCCACCUAUCAAGUUUUUAUUGAUAAUAUAUGCUGUUACAUUUUGCUGUUAAAAGUUAAGAUUUUUAUAUAUGUGCAUAAUGUUGUAUUUGUUACA